CUGGUCGUCACAAUUUUGAUGACGAAGAACGGCGGGCGUGCUCUUUCUUUUUUUGCACUUUGGGUCGACUUUAUCACAGACUCUCGCCACAGAAGACGGUAUUUAUGGAUAGGUAUUCACGUGGUUACGACGAGCGAUAUCGAGGGUAUUACGAUCGUCCUCGUUCGGAUACAUAUCGCCCAGGAGAAGUAUAUCGUCCAUCCGAAAGAGAUCGGGAGUACAGAGAUCCGGCACGCAACUACUCGCCAGGUCGCUAUCCACCGGCCACUUCACGAUCACCCGUUCACAGAGGUGGUGAUUCGUACCACAGGGAAAGACUCAGUUAUUCCGAACGAUACUAUGGAUCGCGAGGUUCUUCACCUGCACGCUCUGAUUCGAGAUCCCCGAGAAGACCUUCUUAUGCGUAUUAUCGUUCGUCGUCGUCAACAUACUCUUACACUUCACGCCGCAGUCCUUCCCCAUUAACCCGACGCGAUUCUUCCUAUGAACGUCAGCGAUCAUCCUACUCGAGUACUACCGCUGGCUAUCCUCCUCCUUAUAGUGCUACGGCUUCUAGCCAUUAUUAUCGUUCUCACAGCACAUCGUCUCCCAGCGCUUCUUUCCCACCAUCUUCCUAUCCGCCGCGACGUCACAACCCUGGUACAGCUCCUUAUCCACUGCCAACUUCGGCUUCCUCCGAUGCAGCGGCUGUAGCCGAUGCUGCCAAUACUGGUGAUGCUGCACCUGUCGUGCAUCCUCGAUCGUCGUCUUCCAGUGCGUCAAGGAGCGUACCACCUUCACCCGGCAAAGAAUCAGCACCAGCGCCCAUGACCAACACUUUUCACGCUAGCGCCACUUCCACCACUCCUGCACCUCUUCAUCCAGCGGCCACCACCUCGCCUUCUGGAUCAACUUAUUCAUCGCCUUACGGAUACAGCCAUCAUCAUUCUUCAAGUUAUUCAUCGCAAGGUGGACCGCCUCCGCCACCAUUGUCACGAUCCCAUUCCAACACAACCCAUCAUUACUCCCACUACAGCAGUUAUCCAUCGUAUGCUGGUCAUCACUCUUCAGGAUCUUCUUUUUCAUUUCCUCCUCCUCGACCGAGAACUUCCUAUGCCUCUGAACAAGAAAAAGAGGUGGAACGCUACGAGGCGGAUGUACAGAAAUUACGAGAUGAAGAAUUGGAUGUACUAGCAGCUGCGCGCAAAAGCCGGUUUGAACUCAAGUUAAUCGACUGGGAAACAACCAAACUGGAACAUCAGGUAGAACUGGUACAAAAGCAAUGGGAUGAAAGCGGGAUGGAUGAACUUGUGCGCGAAGAGAUGCCGCUACGAUUGGCAGGGAAAUCGUUAAGCAGCGGGCUAUCACGUUCAAAGCUCUCCUUAUAAAAUAGUCCUCAUUUGUGUAAAUAGUAACUACUAGUGAAUAGUCUAAUAAAGUAAGAUACGCUAUCUCUUACAUAGACGUAAUAAAUACAGUAUCAUUUAAAG